AUGUCAACGAUGGCGACACUUGUUCUUAUCCAACAAAUGAUUACUCGGUAUGCUUUACCAAUAAUUCUGACAUUGGGUAACAUCGGUAACUUAUUCACCAUUGCAAUUUAUUCCCAGAAGAAACAACGUGGACAUUCGUGUGCUAUUUAUCUCAUAGCGAUUUCUUGUUUUUCGUUAAUCGGCUCGAACUGGGCGAUCGUUCCAACUGUUUAUGCUUUAGAUCAUUUCGAUCUUGUCAGCAAUUCGUUAGUUUUAUGUCGAAUUCGUGGUUAUAUGAUUCACACAUGUUCAAUGUCAUUUCGUUACACUCUCAUUCUUUUUUGCGCGGAUCGAUAUGCCUUCUGCAGUCGACGAGUUUUCAUUCGAGCGUUAAGUCGACCACAGAUCGCUCGUCGUUCAGUUGGCAUUUUAAUUCUUGUCUGGUGUAUAUUGUCGAUUCAUUUACUUAUUUUCGAAAGUAUUGAAAACCGACGUUGUGGAGUUUAUGGAAUCUAUGGUCAAAUCUUUGGAUAUUAUGUCGCGAUCUGCACUGGUUUGAUACCGAUUAUGUCGAUGACGUGUUUUGGUUUAUUAUUGCGAAGAAAUUUGAAUCAACUACAUUUGCAAAUUCAACCGCUUUCAGGAUUGAACCGAUUGAAUAGACGUGAUAUUUCAUUCGUACAACUCGCUCUCACUGAGAUAAUUGUGUAUAUGAUUUGCACAGUGAUGUAUCCAGCAGUAACGAUCUAUUCUCAAGCAACAUCAUCGAUGAAUUCGAGUAAAAGUGCGGAGCAAAAGCAAAUUGAAUCGUUUAUUAAUUUUCUCGCCAUGUCAUUACUUUUAUAUUUAAAUUAUAACACAACAUUCUAUGUACAUUUGAUUAUCUCGAAGGCUUUUAGAAGAAGAUUUCGGGAUUUUAUCAUGACAUUGAUCCGAAAAGUAACGAAUCAAACGGAGGUUUAUCAACAAAAUUCAGUAGUGAUCACUUCAAAUGUCAGACAACAACAAAAAAAGAGCAGUUAG